UGAAUAACAUGCAAUAACAAUAACAAUAGAUACAAGAAAUGCUUUCAUAAAUGAUCUUAGGCAGCUAUCUUAUAUUAAACCCUUGUAGUUCUUGUGGUCGUGCGGGUGCGCAUUGCUAAAAAAAGAUGAACUCCCUUUGGCCACAGUUCCGCGGCCUAGUUUGGUCGCCUCUCAAGGAAAAAGCACUGGUGCCGAGAGGGAGCUUGUUGACAUCUCUUCGAUCAUCUUCGUCUUCGUCUUCACGCUUUCCCCUACUUCAACCACACCCACAUCUACUUCAUGCUCGUCAGCCACUACCUGCUCUGAGCUUGCUGCCUCCAUGCCGACAACUACAUGAUUUUUACUGUAGUACUAGAGCACUUUUAAUAGCUCCGUCAGGAACGAGGUGUUUUUCAGGGGCUAAAAAUCAGCGAGGAAAAAAUUUUGCGCGGGUGAGGAAAGAGGCUGCGGAAAAAUCAAAAAGACUCCAGGCACAGCUAGUGGAUCAUGCUCUUAUGGCGCUCACGACAUUGUUGACCAAUUAUAAGUACUCGAAAAGAUGAACUCUAAAUACGACCAUUGCUCUUUCUAGAAGUUCUUUCUACUUCUCUUUACCUUGAGUUUGUGGUGACCUUCUAAUUUCCGCCACAUCAAAGAAAAGGGAGGCAAACCGAAGGAGGCUCCUAAACUGCAUUUCACACCGAGUCAAAAGAAAACAGUGGGCAUCGCUGGCGUCAAGAAGAGGUUUUGAUCUAGUUCUGGGCUCAAGAAGAGGUUUUGAUCCAGUGAUGAUGAUGUUGAUGAAGAAGUUGUGACCUUGCGCAUAAGGCUCUACAUCGUCAACAUCACGACGGCGUUGCAGCUUUGCAAUCUACAACUGAGUAUUUCUAUUUUUGUAGAGCACUACAUCAUGAUGAAGAUGAAGUAGGCUCAAGAAGAACAAGCAUUUCUAUUUCACUCGCAAAAGCAAGAUGGGGCAUUCCGCGCACGAGGACCAUAUUCAAUACGAGUCGGGUAACUACAUGGGAGGACUCCAAUUGAGCCUGUGUGACCAGAAUCCUUUUGCGAGCAACA